CACAGUGUCAACAAGAUCUCUGGGCGAAAACCCUUCCUCUCUGCUUGUAUAUGGCAAAGUUUCUCGCGGUGCUUCUGGGCUGCACAUUGCCAGGCAAGGGACACUCCCCCAUGUUCGAGUCCAGAAGCCAGUCCCGUAUUGGCCUGAAGCAAAGCGCCAAGCAGAAGACCUCCCCUUUCAACUCUUUGGCCAAUGAAAAGUCCCUGUUUGACUGCAAAAGGGAAAACAUGCCGCAGACUCCUCCCUUUGCAGCGAUGUUUGACAGCAGCGGUUACAACCGAAACCUGUAUCAGGCCAAAGAGGACAGCUGCGGAGGACUCAAUUACCAUGAAAACAACUUGCUGUCAGGAUCCUUGGAAGCCCUCAUCCAGCACUUAGUGCCCACUGUUGAUUACUACCCUGAUAGAACAUACAUCUUUACCUUCCUGCUCAGCUCUCGGCUCUUCGUCCACCCUUACGAGUUAAUGGCGAAAGUUUGCCAUUUGUGCAUUGAGCAGCAGAGACUGGAUGAGCCCACAGCCGAUAAAAACCGGUUACGGAAAAUUGCCCCCAAAAUUCUGCAGUUGCUAACAGAGUGGACAGAGACGUUUCCUUACGAUUUUCGAGAUGAGCGGAUGAUGAGGAAUUUGAAGGAACUGGCCCAUCAAAUUGCAAGUGGGGAUGAGAUGUACCGGAAAAAUGUGCAGCAAAUCAUCCAGAAUCUCAUUCGUAAGCUGGCCUCCCUUAGCCAGUACGAGGAGGUGCUUGCAAAAAUCAAUGCGAGCUCAACAGACCGGCUGACAGUCCUGAAGACCAAACCCCAGGCCAUUCAGAGGGAUAUCAUCACCGUCUGCAGCGACCCUUACAUGCUAGCCCAGCAGCUGACUCACAUAGAGCUAGAGAGGCUCAACUACAUUGGACCACAGGAGUUUGUCCAGGCAUUUGUACAAAAGGACCCGCUGGAUAACGACAAGAGCUGCUAUGGUGACCGGAAGAAGGCGCGGAACCUGGAAGCCUAUGUAGAAUGGUUUAACAGGCUCAGCUACUUGGUUGCCACAGAAAUAUGCAUGCCUGUGAAGAAAAAGCACCGAGCGAGGAUGAUAGAGUACUUCAUCGACGUGGCCCGGGAGUGCUUUAACAUUGGCAACUUCAACUCGUUAAUGGCCAUUAUUUCUGGAAUGAACAUGAGCCCUGUCUCCAGGCUAAAGAAAACCUGGUCAAAAGUCAAGACGGCCAAGUUCGACAUUCUCGAGCAUCAAAUGGACCCUUCCAGCAAUUUUUACAAUUACCGCACAGCUUUGCGUGGAGCAGCUCAGAGGUCUUUGACAGCACACAGCAACAGAGAGAAGAUCGUCAUCCCUUUCUUCAGUCUGCUUAUCAAGGACAUUUACUUCCUCAACGAGGGCUGCGCCAACCGCCUGCCCAACGGCCAUGUCAAUUUCGAAAAAUUUUGGGAACUGGCUAAACAAGUGAGUGAGUUUAUGACAUGGAAACAAGUUGAGUGCCCUUUUGAAAGAGACAGGAAAAUCCUUCCAUACCUGCUCACCGUCCCAGUCUUCAGCGAGGAUGCACUUUACUUGGCUUCCUACGAGAGCGAAGGCCCCGAGAACCACAUUGAAAAAGACAGAUGGAAGACUCUCAGGUCAACGCUUCUUGGAAGGGUUUAAUCCAUGACUGGGUUCCUGCUGCUGCUGCUGCUGCUGCUGCUGCUGCUGUGCUGACGUGGAUUAUUUUUAUUGAAGGCCAUUAUUGAUGUCACUUAUUUAUUUUCCCCCCUCCUUCCCCUCCCUCUUUAAAUCAAGUGACAUUUUAAGUUAUGAGAGCUGUGCAGCUAGUUAAGACAUGUCAGGGCUUUAUUAAACUAAAGGAACAACCACAAGUUAACUCGAGAACAAGCAGACCGGCUUCUCAAACCUGAUGGAUCAUCAGAUUAAGUGACUGGUUUGUUUUGGGUGAUUGAUGCAAAGACAGCGAUGAGGAAAACCUUUUGAAGAUCUGACUCUUCUUUGAAUCAUUUCAAAACACCUGGAUGGGAUUCCAUCACCACCUUUAAAAAA